AUGGCACAGAUCACGGACAAGCUGAUCAAGGACAAUGUCGCCAACGCGGAAGCCUUGAAACCAUUGUCGCAAUCUUUGAUUCUGUUGAUCAAGAUCUUUUACGACCUGAACUGUCAAGAUUUACCCGAAUUUUUUGAAGAUAACAUGGACAAGUUUAUGGAAUUCUUCCAAUACUAUCUUGUCUACAACAACCAAUAUUUGCAGAUCGAUGACGACGAAGAAGCAGGUCCUCUCGAACGUAUCAAGACCGGUAUCUGCGAAAUUUUGGAAUUGUAUACCCAGAAAUACGAGGAGGAUUUCCGUCAUAUGGAUGGGUUUUUCAGUAUUACGGUGCAGUUGCUGAUGUCGCUGGGACAAGAGGCCAAAUACGAUACGCUGGUUUGCAAGGCCCUUUCGUUGCUUACCUGUAUGGUGAAGCUGGAGCGUAUGUCAGGUGCCGUUACGUCGGGUGAUACUAUGGCUCAAAUGUGUGAAAAGAUUGCAUUGUCGAACAUUGCCAUGAGAGAGGUCGAUGAGGAACUAUUUGAGGAUAACCCUAUUGAGUAUAUUCGACGUGAUUUGGAAGGCUCAGACACGGAUACGCGUCGUCGUGCUGCUGCUGAUUUCAUCCGUGGCUUGAUGGAGCGCUAUGAAUCGCAAACCACGCAGAUCGUCAACCAGUAUAUAACUCAUUUCUUGGAGCGAUACGGUGCAAACCCUCAAGGAAACUGGAAAGACAAGAACACUGCCAUUUUCUUGCUCGUCGCUAUUGCUAGCCGAACCUCGACUGCACAGCUUGGUGUUACUCAAACCAACAAUUUGGUGGAUGUUGUCGAUUUCUUUACCAAACAUAUCCUUGGCGAUCUAGAAACAGAUGUCAACGCUGGCUCACCCAUUCUCAAGGUGGAUGCUAUCAAGUUCUUGUACACCUUCCGUAGUCAGCUUACCAAAGAGCAAUUGCUGACUGUUUUCCCAUAUCUGGUCAAACACUUGGAAUCAAGCAAUUAUGUCGUACAUACCUACUCUGCUAUUGCGAUUGAGCGUAUACUUUUCCUCCGUCAAGGAAAGGCCAUGCUGUUCUCGGCCGAAGACAUUGCCCAAUAUGCAGAAACACUCCUCGUACAACUUUUCCGCCUUAUUGAAGCUGGUCAAACACCCGAGAAGUUGUCCGAGAACGAUUAUCUCAUGCGUGCUGUGAUGCGUGUCAUCAUCACCUGCCGUCAGCACAUGGUGAAUUAUGUGAAUGUCAUUAUGGGCAAGCUGACGACCAUCUUGGGUAUUGUGAGUGCCAAUCCAAGCAACCCACGAUUUAACCACUAUAUUUUUGAAAGCAUUGGUGCAUUGAUCCGUUUCAUUUGCCCUGUAAACGACGGCGCCGUGGCAGAAUUUGAGAAUAUGCUGUUUGGUCCUUUCCAAACCAUCUUGGGCCAAGAUAUCCAGGAAUUCACACCUUAUGUAUUCCAAUUGCUGGCCCAGCUGCUGGAUCAUCACCAGGGCCAAGAACUGUCCGAAGCUUACAUUGCUCUUUUGACCCCUUUAUUGAACCCACCGCUCUGGGAACAAGGCAAUAUCCCAGCACUUGUUCGAUUGCUCGAAGUCUAUUUGGCCAAGGGUAUCAACACAAUUGUUGCAAACAAUAAGCUGGAGCCCAUCCUUGGUAUCUUCCAACAAAAGCUUAUCAAUUCGCGUCAAAAUGAUCAUUAUGCUCUGGCUCUUUUGAUUGCGGUGACCAAGAAUGUACCAAUACGCAACGACCGUACCGUUUUUGAUCGAUUUACACGAAACUUUACCCUUUGGGUGUGUCUAUUCUUUGUCUUGGAAAAGUUGGGCGGACCCGACGUGUUGAUUCGUGUCUUUGAUAACAUGCAGCCAGGUUUGUUUGGCCAAAUUAUCACACUCUUUGUCACCGAAGACUUGAACGCACUGCGUGAUCCUAUCGAUUACAAGAUCUGCGGUGUCGGCAUGGUUCGACUGUUGACCCAUAGCGAUCUGAUGAUCCAACAACCGUAUGCAGGUCAAGUAUGGCCUCAAAUUUUUACCGCCUUGCUGCGUAUGCUUGAAUUGCCACCUACUGCAAACGACGACGGACCCGAUGAUUUGUACACCCUGGAUAUCAGCGAAGAAACUGCAGGCUACCAGACAUCGUUUGCCAAGCUGUCGACGGCCGCACCCGUACGAGAAGAUCCAGUAGCAUCGUUGCCUCCAUGCCAAAUUUACCUUGCACAACAGCUUGUUGCUAUGUCUCCAGAAAAGCGAGGUAUCGUCAAGUCUGCCAUGCCAUCCGAAGCCAGCCAAUUCCUACCGAAAUACUUUGAAACUGCAGGCAUUUCCAUGUCUCAUUUCUAAUCUCUUUUACCACUAAAACAAAAAAAAAACCAAUAAUCGCAUGUUUCUUAUAACCUCUUUACUCUCUUCUUUUUGCAUAUCAUCCACACAUUCACCCUAUUGUUCCCCCUUCACUUUCUGUCUCUGUCUCUGUACCCGUCCCCUUUUUCCUACCAGCAAAGUAAUACACGACAGCACCCUUUCUGCACACACUCUCUCCACACACACACACUGUUUUUUUUAGAAAAGAGCACAGAAUAAAUGAUAAAUAAGCCAUUUUUAUUGCAAUUAUCAAUGUUUACUAAGUAAGAUAACUUGAAACAUUCGGUCCUGUUGCGGCUGACGAUGAUGACGACAUCAAA